AUGGCCCGAAUCAUCGAACGAGACCUCACCCCAUCCCCAGACUCCCGAGCUGUCAGUCUCCACGCUCGCACCCUCGAGAUCUUCAAACUCACCGACCCGCAACUCUAUGAGCGAUUUAAGACCGAAUCCUGGAUAAGUCCUUCGAUGCAGUUUUAUUAUGGGAGCAAGUUGACAGCGGAGAUCAGGCCGAGGAAGGCGAAGGAUUCUGAGUUUGGGAUUCCUUGGAUGUUGGAGCAGAAUUCGACGGUCAAGAUCUUGACGGAGGAGUAUGAGAAGUUGGGGUUGGGACGGGUGGAGAGGGGAUGGGAGUUAGUGGAUACUAGAGUUGUUGAGCAGGAGCAGGAGCAGGAGCAGGAACAUGCGGCAGAUGUGACGAUAAAGGAAGAGGCAAAGACGACAUGGGUGGAGACGACGAUACGUCGAGCAAUCGUAGGGACUAACAAGCGCAAAGGAGAGAGUAUUGUCCUGGGCACUGUUGACAUGGCGGACGAGGACGAAGACAAGCAGUAUGAGAUCAAGGUAGUCCGAUCCGAGUACCUGAUAGCCUCUGACGGCGGCCGGUCAACCGUUCGACACCGACUCAACAUCCCCUUCCCUGGUCGAACCCGCGACUACAACUUGAUCCUGUUUGAUGGGCAUGUCGAGACUGACCUGUCCACCACAAACGUCUCGUAA